AUGCCAUCCCAAGAACCUCCCCCGAGCGUUGGCGGUAAGGAUUUGUCUUCGUUCCUUCCCGAUGAGUCUGGAUCAGGUGGAGGCACCGCGAGCCUGCCCAACCCGGCCCAGAUAGCUUUGUUUCAGGAAAACCGGGAGCGGCAGGCCCGGAACGCGGCUAGGGCAGUACGUAGACAGGGCGGAGAAGAUGGCGUCAGUGAUGACGAGGAGCUGGGAAUGUUGGAUGGAUCAGAUGGCACAUCUCCGGGUCAGUUAGACUCCCAGGAACCGUCGGCAAUGCCUGCAGGCGUGCCUUCGCGGCACAGGACACCGGAGAGCAACACCGAUGAUAUGCAGUUGCUUCGGGAUGUUAUGAAAAUGACUCCGAAUACUCGGGGCAUCGCCCUAAAACUGUGGAAUGCGGGUGUUGAGAAGCGGAGCGGUGCUGGCACUCGGACAGAGGCCGUAGGGAAUGGUGGCAAGAGCAGUGAGAAUGCACUGAUCACCAUAGAUUCCGAGAGCAAGGCCGAUCUCUUCGCGGGCCGAGUUAUCGAGAUGCCCCAGGAACUUCCUGCACUCCUAAGGAACGGGUUCCAUCUCCCUCUGUCCAUGUGCACUUCCGAGGUGAUGACCAAGAUGCACAAGCACCCGGAACAGGUCCAGUAUCGCAAGAUGCACGAUGGGAAGGGGAUCAAGAGGGCUCUAAUUGACAUUGCACAGUGGCCCGACGAACAGGCUAUGGGACCCGAGGAAUGGCGCGAUGCUUGGCGCAAUUACUUCGAAAUUCUGCCAGGUGUAUGCGACGGCGAGAUUGUCAAGCGCUUCUCGGAACACCACAUGUGGUUAUCUGAGCAGAGCGACUUCAAAAGGAUCUUUCCGGUAAUCCUUGCAUUCGAUAUCGAUGUACGUCGCGGUUAUUUCCUCACAAAGAAAACCUUCGUUGUCGGCUCGAAGAGCUACAAUGACCACUUUCUCAAAAUCCGCCUGGAGCAUAUCGAAAAGGGUUCUCGAUGCGCGCUUCCUAUUCCCGCGGGCCCUAUUGUCGGUUCGUCUCAAACCCCCUAUCGCACGCCGUCACAUUCCCCCGAUUCACGUCGCCCGCGCCGCGAUGGUGCGGCAGAUUCCACUGCCAAGCCCUUUCGUGAAGGCAGAGCAUCUGCGUCCACGAGCAUGCUCUGCCUCAUCUGCGGUGAGAGUGGACAUCGGGCCAGUCAGUGCGGGCGAUCAACCAUGUCGAACGGCAACCCCGCAUUCACCGUCUGGGAAAAUAAGAAGCUGCUCGCCAUCUCCACACGUGCGGAGAUCUGCCUCACAUGGAAUGUCCAACAUGGCCGCAUGCCUUGUCGAGGUAUGUACUGUCCUGGAACCGGUGGGCACCGUGAACGCAUUAUCACACCAUACGAUGCUGAGGCCUUCGAGUACACUCUUCGCAUGCUCGGCCUGUUCCAGCGCUACCCUCUCUUGCCACAAAAAUUACAUUACGGUUUCCCAAUUGGUGACUUUAAUCCUCUUCUUCGCACUUUUGCUCCUCCAAACCAUUCCUCUGGCGCUGAACAUAUCGAUUUCAUCCGCCAAUAUAUUUCCGAGCAGGUUUCUCUUGGCCGCAUGACUGGCCCGUAUUCGCAGGCUCAGGUAGAGCAUAUUUUGGGCUCUUUCUUCGUAUCUUCCCCACUUGCUGUUGUCCCAAAGGCCGGUUCGAAAAAAUUCCGUCUUGUGCAAAACUGCUCUUAUCAGGACGAAUUCGGAGUCUCCGUCAACAGUCAGAUCAACUCUGAUGAUUUUCCCACCAAAUGGGGCACUGCAGCCGAGGUGGCAGAAAUCAUCGCUAACGCACCUGCUGGUGCGCAAGCUGCGUGCCUCGAUAUUGACUCCGCAUUCCGCAAUCUGCCUAUCAAACCUGCGCACAAGCCUUUCCUUGUUAUCCAGUGUGAUCCGGGUGAUUUUUAUGUCGAUCACGUCCUCCCUUUUGGAGUCUCAUCUGGGACUGGCGUGCAAGGCGAGCCGAUGGACGCCAUCGUAGACAUUCUCGAUGCAAAUGAUAUCAGGCCUUCGCGCAAGUGGGUUGAUGACCUCAUCACCUUUCGCUUUCCCACCAACCAAUGCAGCAUCUCUGGCGCAUAUGAGUACGCACUUGGAUUAGCUGAUAUCUUCCGCAUCACUGAUCCAUUGGGCGUCCCCUGGCAUCGGACCAAGUACUCCGACUAUGCAUCCUGUGCGAUAUACAGCGGUUUCCUGUGGGACCUUGGCCAGCGAUCGGUCGCCCUGCCCGAGGAGAAGCGCGCGAAAUACCUGGCAAAACUCACUGCAUUCAUCGCCACUGUCGAGCGCGGGCGGGUGUUACAACGUGACGCCAUGUCCAUCAAUGGCACACUUUCCCAUAUCACAUUCGUCUACCCGCACGGCCGUGCCUUCCUCACUAAUCUCUGCAGUUUCAUUGCUGCCUUCACCAAUCGCUAUGCCCCCCGGUUCGCACCAAGUUCUGUCCUCUCGGACAUGAAGUGGUGGCUCCACAUCCUCAACGUGCCAAACAUCACUCGUUCACUCACACCCCGUGGUCCGCUGCAGGAUCUUGGCAUCUGGGUUGAUGCCUCCUCCUCCUGGGGCAUCGGAAUCAUCAUAUCCGGUGAGUGGAGUGCAUGGCGAUGGCGGGGAGAGGCCGAUGCAUGGAAGGGUGAUGGUCGUGACAUCGGAUGGGCUGAGAUGGUGGCCGUCGAGCUCGCUGUUCGAACGAUAGAAGCACUCGGCCAUCGUGAUGCGACUAUUCUUGUUCACGGCGACAACAAGGGCGUCGAGGGCGCAUUUGCUCGCGGUCGCAGCCGCAAUCAUCAGGUCAACACCUCCAUCCGUCGUACAGAGGUCAUCGCCAUGUCUCUCAAUAUUCUCUUCAUCAUACGCUAUGUGAACACCAAGGACAACUUGGCGGACUCGGUCUCUCGCGGUGACCCGAAUCCCUCGAUGUCGCAUCGUCAGCUCUCCUUCCAGCUCCCUGCUGAGCUCGCAGCCUUUCUCACUGAUGUAUAA